AUGUUGUCCCUAAUAUUCUUAAGUCUGCUCGGGUCUGUAUUAAGCGUGCCCGUAGAAUUUCAAAACACAAAUGUUGAAGACUUAGAAUAUUACCGUUUAAGUGGACAAAUAGUUCCAAGCUUUUAUGACGUCCGGCUGUUCUUCGACCCGAACAGUGCUAGCGGAUUCAACGGCGAUGUAUCCAUUCGAUUUAUUGCCAAUGCCACCACACGCACCAUAGUCCUGCACGCUAUGGCCAUGCAAAUACAGUCAGUUCAGCUGAGUCCCGAUGGGGCAACAACCGUUAUUCCAACUAAUUUCACUUUGACUACUAAUGACACACAUUUUCUGGAGAUUCAAUCGUCUGUCGAUCUGAAUGCUGGAAGCCCGUAUGUCUUAAAUAUUUCCUACGUAGGCACGUAUGCAACUAAUAUGUUUGGAGUGUACAUUUCCACUUAUCAGUACAUGGGACAAACACACAAUCUAAUAGCAACUCAGCUUCAGCCAACGUUUACCCGCCGUGCGUUUCCAUGUUUCGAUGAGCCUCGCUUCAAGGCCGUAUUUAGAACCACUAUCUACGCACCUGCUCAGUUCCCGGUUGUGAGAUCCAACAUGCCUAUACGUACAACACCUUUAAAACCGGAAGUGCAAGGUUACGUCAAACACGAGUUUGAAGAUACCCCCAUAAUGUCUUCAUACCUCUUGGCAUACCUGGUUUCCAACUUCACAUAUGUCACCAACGAGGGUCAACAGAAUCCAACCUACAGACUACCAUUCCGUAUUUACUCCAGACCAGGCACAGAAGACACCGCACAGUUUGCUUUGAACUUCGGUCAGGAAAAUAUGGUUGCUCUUGAAGCCUAUACGAAUAUUACCUACGACUUACCUAAAUUCGAUAAGGCUGCUAUUCCAGAUUUUGCAGCUGGUGCUAUGGAGAACUGGGGAUUAGUUCUCUACAGAGAAGUGGCGUUAUUAUAUCAAAUAGGAGUCACGACGACGUCAACUCUACAAAACAUAGGCCGUAUUAUAUGCCACGAGAACGUACACAUGUGGUUCGGUAAUGAAGUCAGCCCUCUGCAAUGGACGUAUACAUGGCUGAACGAAGGCUUUGCUAAUUUCUUUGAAAAUUAUGGUACCGAUUUGGUUAACCCACAAUGGCGUAUGAUGGACCAAUACGUUUUGUUGCUACAAAAUGUAAUGCAAAGCGAUGCUGUUCUGAACGUUAAUCCAAUGACUUAUCCCGUAUACACUCCGUCUCAAAUUAUCGGUACUUUUAACGCUGUGGCUUAUCAGAAAUCUGGUUCCGUGAUUCGUAUGAUGCAGCAUUUCCUCACACCCGAAGUAUUCAGAAGGGGUCUUAUCCUCUUCCUAAAUAGGAAUCGGCGCACAUCGGUAGAUCCCUCUCCACUGUACGAAGCUUUACAAGAGGCAUUAGAUCAAUCGAACCAUACGAUCAACUGGCCCAUCGCAACGAUCAUGCAAAGAUGGACAACACAGGGAGGUUUCCCAGUUCUCACCGUUAGGAGAUCCGCUCAAAGCGCUAAUUCCUUAUUUGUGACACAACAACGUUACCUCACCGACACAUCUCAAGUGUCGCAUGACAGGUGGCACAUCCCAAUCAACUGGGUACUCUCCACAAACCCAGAUUUUUCAAACACAAUGCCCCAGACCUGGAUGAUAGCACAGUCUUCAGUCAAUUCUACUUCAAUCGAUAUCCCAGGAUUAUCUAACGCUGAGUGGUAUAUUGUAAACAAACAACAAACAGGUUACUACAGGGUCAAUUACGACGAAGAGAACUGGCAGGCCUUAGCGAACGCACUAAUGAGAAACCACAACGCAAUACAUUUGUUGAAUCGCGCUCAGAUCAUCGACGACGCGUUCAAUCUCGCACGGAAUGGCAGACUUGACUACCGCUUCGCAUUCGAAGUGUCCAGGUAUUUGAUUAACGAAACUGAUUACAUCGCUUGGGGUGCGGCGGACGCGGCUUUCAGUUACCUCGACGUAGUACUCAGUGGGUCGCCGGCUUAUCAACUAUUUCAGCGACAUAUUCUAUCCCUCACUGAGCCUUUAUACAACAGCCUUGGAUUCAGCAACACUCCUCAAGAUGAGCAUGUUACCGCCUUCCACAGAAAUAUUAUCCUGAACUUAAACUGCCGUUACGGCAACGAAGACUGUGUGAACAGAGCUCAGGUCUUGUUGGAAUCGGUGCAAAACAAUAGUGUAAGCUUACACCCAGAUGUUCAGAAUGUAGUCUUCUGCUCUGGUCUUCGAGGAGGCAGCUCCGAUAACUUCAAUUUCUUAUGGGAAAGAUACCUCGCCAGUCAGGACUCCAGCGAACAAAGCAUACUCUUGAACGCUCUUGGAUGCACUUCUAAUUCAACUCUGCGCAACUUUUAUCUAAACCAAGUGAUAGCUCAAGACUCCGCUGUGAGGGAACAAGAUAGACAUACGAUUUUAGUUUCCGUUAUCAACUCCAGUCCCGCUGGUACGGAAGCAGCGUUAGAUUUCGUCGUCGAAAACUUUGACCAAAUUCAACCAAGAGUACAAGGCCUUACCGGUACAACGAACAUCCUCAAUGCUCUUUCAAGAAGAUUGACAACUGCGGCACACACAGCUAAGAUUAAUACAUUCGCCAAUCGAUAUGAUGCUAUCUUCUCCGCUGGAGAAAGAGCAUCCUUGGCAGCUAUAAGAGAAAAUAUUGCGGCCUCCAUCACAUGGUCUAACAAUUACUACAACCUCGUCAACAACUGGCUCGAUGUCAACUAUGGAAACAACGCCAAUGUCAUUACAUCUAGCUUCAUCAUCAUUAUCUCCGUCAUCGUCACUUUCUAUAAUUAUUAAGAAAGAUUAUUUUUAUAUAUCUUAUGUAAAUAUUUAUAGAUUAAUUGUAUACUUCAAUUAAUAAAUU